UCCAAACUCCUGUGUGACCUUGGGCCGCUCUCCCGCCCUCUCUGGGCCUGUUUCCCAGGACGAGGUGGGGGGGGCGUAUGAGUGCACGGGAGGCAGGCAUAGACAACUCCUCCCCAAGAGGAGGAGCUUGGAGGUCAUGGGCUUGAGCCCCUAGCCCAACCUGGGCCCACCCACUGCUGCCGGGGGCAAAGGAAGGAUAGGUGUAGUGGGAUGGGAGGCGGAGUGUGGAUGGAUGGUCCCGGGGUUUCAUUCUGGGGCCUCCAGGGAGAUGCUGAGGCACGGUGGUGAGCCAUUGGCUUUGUAGUAUUGGGUCAGGAUACCCCUCAAGUGUAGAAGACUGCAGCUGUCCUAGUUGUCCCCAGUACUGGCCAUCCCCAGCCUGGCUUGGGGGAGAGGGCUUGCAGGCACAAAGCACCUAGCAAUAGGGGUGUCUGACCACCCCCUUGGUCCUGCAUCUUAGACUGGGGUGGCCAGAACCCUGGGGGAGGGAGAGGGAGUGUAGCUGUAGCCAGCAGAGCCAGAUGGGGAGGGGCAUCCACAGCUGCAGGGAGCUGGCACAUCUGGCUGGGGAGGCUGGCAUAGAUGAUGGGCAUGGCCCAGGAGGGGCCAGGCAAAGAGGCAGCUGUGUCCUGGGGCACGGCUGCCAGUUAUGGACAUGGAUAGCAUGUGUGUACCCUGUCACAGGAGUUCAGUCGGGGUGCCUGACCGCGUGGUUCCCUCACCCCUGAAGGGCCAAGGAUGGUAUUGGUGUGCCCUGGGGUUCUGUCUUAGGAAUAGAGUCUUUGGGGCAACUGUCCCUUAGGUUAACCCCUUCUGCCUCUCUGAGGUCAGAGACCCUGGGGCAGGCGUCAUGUAGGCCCUGGAGCCGGAUUUGCAGAUGGAAAGAUUGGGCACUGGAGGGCGUUCCAUGAAGGGGAGGAAGGUGGACUAGGGCCCUGGUGCCUGCAAUGGGCUCCCCUGACAGGCCUGGCUUUGGCAAGCCUUUAUCCAGAUCACUUCCCCUGCCAUUUUCUUGCCUCUGGAGGCCCCAAGGAGUCCCUUUUACAACCCAAGUUGAACCCUGACCCUUCAGCAACCCGUAGGUGGCAGUGACUGGGAAAGAGGCUGGGGCAUCACCAGGGAUAGUGGAGGGGCCUGGGGAAGCACAGCUGGUCCCUCUCAGGUGGGAGGGUUCCCAGACACCUUCUGCUGUACUAGUCAUUAAAGGCUAAGAAAUCUAGCCACAUAUAGAGUGGUGUCUGGUCCAGAGGAGUGAGUCUGCUGCUGUUCUCUGGGGGACCCUCCCACUUCUAGCCUCAGUUUCUCUAUCUUUUCAGUAGAGGUUAGUCCCAGAAGAUGAAUCAGAAUGAGUCAGAGAAGGAAGAUAGGAGGGGCCUGGUGCCACGUCGCCAUUAGAUGGGCCAGGCCUGGAGGGCCAGCAACCCUGGAAGACAGGGGCAGAUGUGUGUUUUCUUGGCUGAGGGCUGGGAGGAGGGGUGUGGUGGCAGAACUCAAGGAAGAUACUGUCCAUCUCCAGAGGCCUGGCCAGACUGGGAUCUGGGAGCGCAGGGUGGGCACUGGCCUGACUGUAGGUGUGGAGGGUGGGGCCCAGGGCAGGUCUAGGAGCAGGUUGCUCCGCUAGCUUGUCAGGCUCAUCCAGAGGUCCAGGGUGGAUUCUUGGUGAGUUGACCGAGGUGGUGAGCUUAGACACCACCACCACUCACCACCACCACCCAGUCUGAGCCCACCCACUUGCUGCCUGGGUGAUGGAAGGAUUGGCAUGGCAUGUGGGGGUAAGCUGUGGAUGGCCAGAGCUGGGGUUUCAUCCCAGGGCUUCCAGGGAGGUGCUGGGGCAGGGUGGGGGCCAAUGGCUUUAUGGCAGUGAGGCAAGGCACCCUCAGGUGUAGGAUGCUGAGAUCUGGGUGGGCAACACCUGAGGAGGACCAGAACCUGGAAGCAGUGGGCUUGAGCAGGUAGUUGGCAGAUUGUAAUUAAACAUAUGCUGUUAGGCCCUUGCAGGGAACUGGGCCGGCUGCCUGUCUGCAUGGCCCACUUUUGGGGAGGUGCUGUGGCGGAGCUGGAGUGAUUGAGCUGGCCCUAUUCUGAGCAAUUCACAGAGGCCAGAUGUGGCCCAAGGGCCAGAUGUUCUCACCCAUCGGACUUUGAGGAGCCUCCCUAAAGCUCCAGAGGCCCCAAGUGGUGUGGCCCCCAAGAUGGAGCUAUCCCAGAACCCUAGUGGAAAAAGGGUCUAGGGUGGGGCCCAGGGAUCUCCUGCCUUUGAGCCUGGUGAGCAGAUAACACAGCUGUGUUCCCUUCAGAACGCCCUCUGGGAGGGGGAGCUGCUCGGGGCCAGGCAUGUGGCCAUGGGCAGGAGAGGGGAAGUGACCGUUCCAAACUCUGGACAAAUGAUGAGGGCCUCCUUGGGCAGGGCAGCAGGACCAGGGUGGGGACACGUCACAGGCCCUGGGUCUGGAUUCCUUCACAAAAUUUUCUCCUUCUGUAGCUCUCAGGGUGUAGGCCUUGAGGCCUGUUGGUGAGGUGAGGCGUGCAGUAGGCCAGAGGCCAGGCUGUGAGUAUGUGUGCCUGACUUCUGUUGUUGAGGUUCUUGUUUUUCAUCUGUAUAUGUGAGUGUGUGGAAGAGAAUCUGUGGGGCCUGCAGACUGUGGGAAUGCAAGAAAUGCGGAAGGAAUGCCCAGGUCCCUUCUAGGGUGACCAGCUAGUCCGGGUUUGUCCAGGACUGUCCUGGUUUUAGCACCGAAAGUUCUACAUCCCGGGAAAUCCCCCAGUUCUGGGCAAACCGGGAUGGUUGGUUACCCUGGUGCCUUCUCAUCUCUUCUCUUCCUUUCCCAAACCCCGCCUUCCUUUUCUUGUCCCUUUCCCUUCCCAGGAUAACUUUUCCCGUUUCACAGGGGAAGAGCUGGAGGCCCAGAAAAGUUAGCUGACUAGCCCAGGAGCUGAUCUUCAGCCUCAAAAGGUGCCGGUCAGCGUCUGAGCUCCGCGGGGAGGCUGACAGGGCUUGGCUCCCGCUCCCCCACUUCCUUGCUGGAACUUCAGCUCUUCUUCUGUCCCAUGGAGCAGGAGUGACAGGCUGCCCCCUGAUGUUGCUGGUUGAGAAGACGACCGACUCACCAGCGGCCGAGUUCUCGCUGGUGGAGGACGUGGCACUGCACUUUGCCUGCUUGAUGGGCCGCUUGAACGAGCAGCGCCUCUUCCAGCCUGACCUGUGCGACGUGGACCUGGUGCUGGUGCCUCAACGUAGCGUCUUCCCGGCACACAAGGGUGUGCUGGCCGCCUACAGCCAGUUCUUCCACUCGCUCUUCACCCAGAACAAGCAGCUUCAGCGCGUGGAGCUCUCCCUGGAGGCGCUGGCGCCAGGUGGCCUGCAGCAGAUCCUCAACUUCAUCUACACGUCCAAGCUGCUGGUCAACGCAGCCAACGUCCACGAGGUGCUCAGUGCUGCCUCGCUGCUGCAGAUGGCCGACAUUGCCGCGUCCUGCCAGGAGCUGCUGGAUGCCCGCUCCCUUGGCCCUCCAGCCCCCGGCACUGUGGCCCUGGCCCAAGCGGCUACUGGUUGUACCCCGGCUGCACCACCUUACUACUGUGACAUCAAGCAGGAGGCUGACGCCCCGGGCCUGCCCAAGAUCUAUGCCCGCGAGGGUCCUGACCCUUACUCGGUGCGUGUGGAGGACGGGGCAGGGGCCACGGGUGAUACAGUGCCCUCUGCCAUUGGGCCAGCACAGCCCUUCUUCAAGGAGGAGAAGGAGGGUAGUGUCGAGCCCCCGGCCCCCUUGUGCAAGCUGGAGGGUGGGGAGGAGCUGGAGGAAGAGCUUGGGGGCUCUGGGACCUACAGCCGCCGGGAGCAGUCCCAGAUCAUCGUGGAGGUGAACCUCAACAACCAGACGCUGCACGUGUCCACGGGGCCUGAGGGGAAGCCAGGCGUGGGAACCAGCCCGGCCACCAUGGUGCUCGGCCGGGAGGAUGGGCUGCAGAGACACUCGGAGGAAGAGGAGGAAGAGGAGGAGGAGGAGGAGGAGGAGGAGGAAGAGGAGGGUGGCGGGAGUGGAGGGGAGGAGGAGGAGGAGGAGGAGGAGGAAGAGGAGGGUGGCAGUCAAGGAGAGGAGGAAGACCAGGAGGAGGAGGAAGAGCAUAGCGAGGAGGAAGAGGAGGAGGAGGAGGAAGAAGGGCACAGUGAGCAGGAUCAAGAGAGCUCUGAGGAGGGGGAGGCUGGAAGCCGGCAGGUGCCGGCGGGGCUCGGGGGGCGCCAGGACAGCCGGGUGGACCCCUCUUCCCAUAGUCGCAUGGCCACACGGUCCCGGGAGAAUGCCCGGCGCCGGGGCACCCCUGAGCCUGAGGAGGGUGGGAAGCGGCCAAGGCCACCCCCAGGAGCGGCCCCAGCACCGGCCCGGGGGCCACCUGCCGCUGAUGGGCUGGGGGCCAAGGUGAAGCUGGAGGAGAAGCAGCACCACCCUUGCCAGAAGUGCCCGCGCGUUUUCAACAACCGCUGGUACCUGGAGAAGCACAUGAACGUGACCCACAGCCGCAUGCAGAUCUGCGACCAGUGCGGCAAGCGCUUCCUGCUGGAGAGCGAGCUGCUGCUGCACCGGCAGACGGACUGUGAGCGCAACAUCCAGUGUGUGACCUGUGGCAAAGCUUUCAAGAAGCUCUGGUCCCUCCAUGAGCACAACAAGAUCGUGCACGGCUACGCAGAGAAGAAGUUCUCCUGUGAGAUCUGCGAGAAGAAGUUCUACACCAUGGCCCACGUGCGCAAACACAUGGUCGCCCACACCAAGGACAUGCCCUUCACCUGCGAGACCUGUGGGAAGUCCUUCAAACGCAGCAUGUCUCUCAAGGUGCACUCGCUGCAGCACUCGGGGGAGAAGCCGUUCAGAUGUGAGAACUGCAGCGAGCGCUUCCAGUACAAGUACCAGCUGCGUUCACACAUGAGCAUUCACAUUGGCCACAAGCAGUUCAUGUGCCAGUGGUGUGGCAAGGACUUCAACAUGAAGCAGUACUUCGACGAGCACAUGAAGACCCACACAGGGGAGAAGCCGUACAUCUGCGAGAUCUGUGGCAAGAGCUUCACCAGCCGGCCCAACAUGAAGCGGCACCGGCGCACGCACACCGGCGAGAAGCCGUACCCCUGCGACGUCUGCGGCCAGCGCUUCCGCUUCUCCAACAUGCUCAAGGCCCACAAGGAGAAGUGCUUCCGCGUCAGCCACCCUCUGGCCGGUGACGGCGCCCCCUCGGCCCCAGGCCUGUCCCCCACCCAGCCUCCCGCCCACGCACUGCCCCUGCUCCCGGGCCUCCCCCAGACCCUGCCGCCCCCGCCUCACCUGCCGCCCCCACCCCCGCUCUUCCCCACCACCGCCAACACCGCCGCUGGGAGGAUGAACGCCAACAACUAACUGCCAGACUGCGCAGCCAAAGCGCGGCCAGCCAGCCGACUGAGCCCGGCCCGUGGGCAGAGCUGGGACCUGAGCCCAGGACAGACUCCUGGAGGGACCCCAGUGCCCCUCCUUCCUGGGGGAGGGCUCCCUUGCCCCACCUCCAGAGGUGGCCCGUCAUGCUUCACUUGAAGCACCUGUCCCUGGAGGUGUGCAGGCUGGGGACCCCGAGCUGGUGGAGGGUGCCUCCCUCCGGAGCGCUCCCCUUUCAGCGACUCUUUGAAGCCUUGCUUUUCUUUUUUUGAAGCGGUGAAGGACAAAAAGGAAACUGUUAGCAGCUCCCCUCCAGGUGAGGGGAUGCUGGUGGCCACAGGUGCAGUAGGAUGGGUGGGCCCUGGGCAGCAGGCGUGGCAGUCACUCUGUGGAGGCCUGAGCUGGCAAAGGUUGGCCAGGCUGAGCCUGGGUCAGCUUCAGUGUCUCCUCCACACCUGUCCUGCACCCCCUAACUUGGCCUCACAUGCUGAGGGCUUGGGGAGAAGUUGGGGGAGCUGGCCCCCCUUGGAGGAGGUGUGGACCCAGUCUGCCACACCGAGGCAGGGGCUUGAAACUGAUACCUGUGUGGGUGUUGGAGUUGGGGGUUAUGAGGCACAAAGACCGCAGACCCAGCUCUGUACGUGUGGAGUGGGGCAGGCAGGGGCUGGACCCCAGGGACUUGCUCUCCCCAGUCACACCCCUGCUGGCAGGCACAGGGAUCCCCAACCUGUGCCAGGCUUCCCUGAGGGCCCUGAGUCCUGGGGAGGACAUCCCCAGAAGCCACUGGGUGCUGUGGACCAGGCCCUGGGUUGGGCAAUCAGGCUGGCUCCCACAGCACUGACUCCCAGGGGCCUUUGAAGUGGGCUCAACCCUAGGAGCAGGCUUGGGUGUUUAGGGUUUCAAGGUGCUAUCAGUGGGGCAGGAGCAGGGCUGCUGUUUAUGGGCACCCUGUCCCUCACCAGCUGCCCUGGCUAUAUCUCCCACACCAGGAGAUGUGUGUGUCUGUGUCCGUCUCUGCUCCCGGAGGCCAGUCCGGGCCUCAUCCUCACCCUAGGCCCAGCACACAAGCCACUCCUGGUUGGUCUCCAGCGUCCUUGUCCCUCCUGGGCUUCUGCAGUGAUGGGAGCCUGCACCUUCGGGCCCCUGGGGUGGGGCUGGGGGCUGCCAGGGUGCCCCAGCCUGUUCCCAGUGCUUGCCCCCAUGAGGCUGGGCACUAAUAGGACACCUUUUUUGUUGUCAUUUAACGUCUUUAUUCCUGCCUUUAAAAUGGGGAGGAAGGUUCCAUAAGCUACAUGUUUCCUAGUUAAGCUCUCUCCUAUUGUGUUUAUACGGUUUUGUUUGUUAUACUUUUUGCACCUUAACCCCCCACUACUACCCCACCAUCACCACCACCUGCCCAGCGUGGCUGGCGUAGGAUGGGGCAUGAGCCCAAGGGGGCUGCUGGAGGAUGGUGGAGUGGGGCUGGGUCUCGUCAGCCCGAGAGCUGAGGGGAUCGGAACUCCUCUGACUUCCUCGUGAGGCCUGCGACGCCAGGGCGGGGGCAGGAGACAUCUUAAUCAUCAAUAAACGAAGCACUUUAUUCUGUA